UUUCAAGUGAAUGCCACAGACCCUCCAAGUUCAAGUGAGCCUCCGUACUUGCCGUUGAAUCACAGUCUUUUCUUGCCGUGUCCCCCUUCCAGGUUCAGCCUCUAGAUCGACCAACUUCAAGCUUAUCGUCAGAAGUGGGAUAAGUCACAAGUGGGAGUUGCCCGACGGGGUAGCAAGCUCCAACAUGUAGUGUUAUUCAUAUCUCAUUCAACUUUACAUUGCUUUCGUCAUUAGACAUUGCGGGAGAUAAUGAAUACCCAAUAGGGGAGGCAAUAAUUAGAAGUUGUCUUAAAUAUUUGCAUCCUGUCGAAAUUGGUAGACGCCACCAUGGCUCGGAGUGUUCGGAAUUUCAGAAUCGGUGUUGAUGUCGGCGGGACAAACACAGAUGGAGUAAUCCUCGAUCCAACGCGAUCAUCAGAGCGCGAUCGAGGGAUCGUGGCAUGGCACAAAGCAUCCACAACCGGAAAUCCCAGCGACGGCAUCAACAACGCCAUCAACACAAUGUUCUCAAACUCCAAAAUCGACCCAAAAGAAGUGGUCAGUAUUACAAUUGGCACCACGCAUUUCAUCAACGCAGUGGUUGAGCGAGACUCAACGCGGCUUGCCAAGGUUGCUGUCAUUCGACUUUGUGGACCGUUUUCGAAAGGCGUUCCUCCUUGUAUCGAUUGGCCUGUGGAGUUGAGGGAUUUAAUUCUUGGGUACUAUUGUUUGGUAGAAGGGGGUCUGGAGGUUGAUGGGAAUUUGAUUGCGGAGAUUAAUGAGGAUGAAAUUCGGGACCAGGCGGACAUCAUCAAGGCGAAAGGUAUCAAGAGCAUUGUGGUCAACGGCGUUUUCAGUCCUGUUGACGUGUUCUACAAUCAAGAGAAAUCGGCAGCCGAAACCAUAAGGGAAGUAUAUCCGGAGGCUGAUAUUGUCAUCUCCAAGGACGUUGCGAAUCUUGGAUUCCUCGAAAGAGAAAAUGCUGCGAUUCUCAAUGCAUCAAUUCUUCCUUUCGCUCGGAAGACGAUCUCGUCCUUUCAAAGUGCAAUCUCACGCCUACAACUUCAUUGUCCGGUCUUCAUCACUCAAAAUGAUGGAACGACUUUGCUUGCGAGCGCCGCUUCCAAGCUCCCCAUCAGAACAUUCUCGAGCGGACCAACAAACAGCAUGAGAGGGGCUGCUUUCCUGACGCAAAAUGACAUCAAAGAAGUCAUGGUGGUCGUCGAUAUUGGCGGAACAACAACUGAUGUUGGGUUACUGCUUGCAAAUGGCUUUCCUCGGCAAGCAGCGGCCUUCAGCGAGAUCUCUGGUGUGCGGACCAACUUCUCCUACCCCGACGUCAAAAGCAUUGGCCUCGGAGGUGGCUCGAUUGUGAGGAGACAGGGAGAUGGAAGCCUGACCAUUGGUCCUGACAGUGUCGGCUAUCAGCUAACUCGGGAAGCCAUCGUGUUUGGAGGUGGUGUGGCGACGGCUACAGAUUAUACUGUUCUGGGCGAUCAAAAUUCGGACAUUGGAGAUCGCUCACUGGUUAUGAGACCUGAGUUGGAGAACAAUUUGGACGAUUUCAAAACUGUUGUCAAGAAGAUGCUUGAAAGAGCAAUCGAUACGAUGAAGACUUCAGCAGAUGAUAUUCCUGUACUGCUUGUUGGAGGCGGAGCUAUCAUUGCCCCUGACGAACUUUCUGGAGCGAGCAGAGUAGUGAAGCCCGAGUGGUCAGGAGUUGCAAACGCUAUCGGAGCCGCAACUGCGCGAGUGAGUGGGAUCAUCGACACGAUUGAAAGCACGGAAAGCAAGACUUCGAGUCAAAUCAUGAAAGAGAUCUCGAAAAGAGCAAUUCAGAAAGCAGUCGAGAAUGGUGCGAAAGUAGAGACAGUUCAAGUCGUUGAAAUGGAUCACCUGCCAUUGCAAUAUAUUGCAAACAAAUCCCGAUUCAUCGUCAAAGCUGUUGGAGACUUCGACUUUGCUCAAGAGGCAGGUACAGAAAUUUCAAGUGCGAAAGGAAAACUGGAACGAGAUGAGAUGACCGAGUUCGAGAAGAACUCCUCCGCAACUAAAGAACAGGAACAAGAAAAGAGAAAUCUUGUCAAGAUUGAUAUUCAAUCGUACAGGCCAAACAUCCAUGCCCGAGAGUGGAUAAUCUCAGAGACUGACCUCGCAUGGAUCACAAUAGGAUGUUACAUUCUAGGAACUGGUGGAGGAGGUUCACCAUACGGCCAUAUGCUACGACUUCGCGAGAUUAUGCGAAAUGGAGGAGUUGUUCGUGUUAUCUCUCCUGAUGAUUUGAAAGAUGGCGAUCUCGUCGCGUGCGGUGGAGGGAAAGGGUCUCCAACGGUGUCAAUGGAGAAGCUUGCAGGCGAUGAAAUGGUGCAAGCUCAGACCGAACUGUACAAUUAUAUGAAAAUUCAACCGAACGCAGUCAUUGCACUGGAAAUAGGGGGUGGCAAUGGUCUUCAAGGAAUGAUUCUCGGUGCGUCGACGAACAUGAACAUACCAACAGUUGACGGAGACUGGAUGGGUCGAGCAUAUCCAGUCGCAUGGCAGACAACACCUGUUGUUUUUGAAAAGAAGCCAGUCUUCCUGCCAUCCACGAUCUGCGAUGGAAAUGGAAAUGUUAUGUUUAUGACGCAAGCAAAAUCUGAAGUGAUGGUAGAAAGAGCAUUCCGAGCAGCACUUUCCCAAAUGGGUUCACACGUAGGCUGUGCUAAGGGACCGGUCACCGGGAAGAACACCAAGAGCUGGGUCGUCGAGCACACGAUUUCGCUCUCGUGGCGUAUCGGUCGUGCUGUUGCGCUAUCACGAAGCUUGAACCAAAUCGAUACCGUGGCCGAAUCGAUCAUCAGCGAAGUAGGAGGGGACAAAUCUGCAAAAGUUCUCUUCAAGGGUAAGAUUGUGGGCGUUGAGAGAACCCUGCGAGUGGGUCACGUGUAUGGGGAAGUGAUCAUCCAGGCAAUGAACGUGACGGGGAGCGAGGGGCCAGAUGGCAAAGGGCGGUACAAGAUUCCGUUCAAGAAUGAGAAUAUUCUUGCCAUCAGGGAAGAGGAAGAUGGUACCGAGACAGCUAACAGUAUCAAGAUCCUUGCCUCGGUCCCAGAUUUGAUUUGUGUGAUCGAUGCUCAAAACGGAGAAGCUAUCGGCACUCCAGAGUACCGAUAUGGCUUGCUAGUUAUCGUUCUCGGCAUUGUUGCUUCAGAGAAAUGGACCUCGACUCCAAGAGGUUUGGAAAUCGGCGGCCCGACAGGAUUUGGCAUGGGUGAUGUGGAGUACAAGGCUCUCGGAAAGUUCCAAAAACCUAGGAGCGUGAUUGAUGAAUAUGGAGCCUAA